AUGCUUGCCCGUAAACAACUGGAUGUUCAGGACCUCUCUUUGACGAACAUUGCCACAAAUGAAGAAAGCCGGGCUUAUCCCUUAAGCUGGAGUUCAUCAGGCUUUGAGGAUCCAGCAAACUUUACCGACUUGCCCUCUGAAGACUACUCCAUGUACCUACUCAAUAGCCUUCAGUUCCAUGUCGGUCAGCUCUAUCAUCUAUUCGACCAGACCGAGUUCAUGAAGCUGUUUCACAUCUUUUACCAGUCGCCUGCUGAGGUCGCUAGACAUAAUCGGAUCUGGUAUGUCCAGCUGUUGACUCUUCUUGGACUGGCAAAAUCCCUAAUCAUUCAACCUGCUCGCGACGCAACACGUCUACCCGGAACAGACCUAUUUAUUCGGGCCAUGUCGCUACUACCAGAUACGCCCUAUCUGUACUCUGACGCUCUGACAUCAGUGGAGACUCUUUGUGCCAUAUCGCUAUUCCUCCAAUGCGCCGAUUCGCGAAAUACUGCCUACGUCUAUAUUGGCUCUGCCCUACGAAUGGCCAUCACAUUCGGGCUGCAUCGCGAACGCCCAACCCACGACUGGGGGCCUGAGUUGACCUUGAGAUGCCAGCGUGCAUGGUGGACGGUAUACAUCCUAGACCGAACAUUUUCGUCGUCAAUGGGUGUACCAAUAGCCAUCCAAGACGCCGAUAUCACGGCCAAAAUGCCAAGUCGGGAAGGCUCGAGAAGUAGCACCGCUCUUCAUAUACAUGUCAAACUUUCCAAUCUGAUAUCCGAAGUGGUGAACAGUACGUGA